UUUGCGGAGGUGGCGCAUGGCCCCUCAUGUCUGCAAUCCAGGCCAAUCUUGGCUCCACUGGAACCACCGCCGCCACCACGGCUGGGACCACCGCCGCCACCUCGGCUGGAACCACCGCCGCCACCACAGCUGGAACCACUCCUGCUACCUCUGCUGGAACAACCGCUGCCACCAGCACCGCGGGAACAACUGCCACUUCUGCUCCCGGAGCAUUUACGUGUCCUCAGCCGAAUGGCUUAUUUUCUGACCCAUUGGACUGCCAGAGCUAUUACAACUGUGGAUGGGGCGUCCCGCACCAUACCACCUGUCCUUCCGGCACUCUGUUCGACCCGGCCAUGAGCAACUGCAACUGGGCCAACCUGGUCAGCUGCUCGACGUCGCCUGGAGGAUCGACUGCUGCCAGCACCAGCGGCACGGCCAGCACCGCUGCCUCCACGACCACCUCCGCACCCUCCGGGCCCUUCACGUGCCCCUCACCCACUGGGCACUUCGCCGACCCGGCCGACUGUCACAGCUACUACAACUGCUGGAUGGGCACAGCGUACCACUUCACGUGCGCGCCCGGCACCAGCUGGUCACAGGCCAUCGUGGCCUGCGACUGGUCUUCCGUCACCGGCUGCUACUGACGUCCGGGCGGCGCCCUGUCGCACGACAGCUGGCCUCCUGGUGUACUACAUCACCCAGCGGCGUCCUCGGCCGUGUUUUGAGGCCCUUGUCUACAGCUUUAGUAGUUCGAUGCACUCUGAUUGAUGCAGUCUGCUUUGACACGUUGUGUGAUUGCUCCGACACCUGUCAAUGGUUGAAAAAAGCGGUAGUGGCUUGCUUGAAUAAAUUCAUUUAUAUUGGAAGCUAAGACCUAAAACGAUAAUACAGUUAUGAAGAAAUACUCACUCCCUGCUAAUGGCAGGUGUGCAAUUGAUAGCAUAACUGCGUGGUGAAUAUACAUAAAAUG